AUGGGGCUGCGUGCCAAUGUGUCCACCUUCCAGACCACACUGUACAUCAUCCUUGUACUGCUGGGCAUCAUGGGAAAUACCACAGUGAUUUCUGUGAUUGGCAAGAGUGUGUUGAAAAACACAGGUGGAGGGCGUAACUCGGACAUUAUUCUGAUAAACAUGGCUCUGUCCAACCUGAUGGUGUCCCUGGUGAGGAACGUACUGCUCGUCAUCUCAGACCUGGGACUAGAGCUAUACUCUUCCAAGGUAUGUUGUCAACUCCUCAUGGGGGUGUGGGUGUGGCUUCGAUCGGCCAACGUGUGGUCCACAUUCUACCUCAGCGCCUUCCACUUCCAGACCCUACGUCGCCUGGCUCCUUCCACAGGACACAUCGGUCUGCAGCGUGGAGCUCCCAAAUCCUUACUGCUGAGUCUGAGCCUUAUCUGGUUCCUCAACUACAUCUACUCCAUCCCUGCUCAUGUGUUCUCCACCAGGGGAGACCAGAACAGCACAGAGACGCUAAUGCUGAUCAGCAGCACCACACGCCCCCUGCUGGGCUGUGUGUGGAACUUCCACUCCUCAUUUAGUGGACUGGCCUAUGUCACCACCUCCAUGGUGAUCCAUGAGAUUAUUCCCAUCAUUCUGAUGGCCAUCACCAACCUGGGCUCCCUCUACACACUCUACUCCCAUGGCAGGGCAUCCACCUCAACCCUGAACGCUCCCACCAAGAAGAGGGUGCCAGCCGAGAAGAGAGCAGCUAAGGUCAUUGUAGCUCUCACCGUGCUCUUCAUUUCAUCCUGGGGGACCAGCAUAAUCUCAGUCAACUACUAUAACUACAGACGUUCUACAGGCAACUCCUCUAUGGUCUUACUGGUCUUAGCUCGUUUCGCCAACACAACCUUCAUUGCCUUGUCACCCAUCGUGUUGGCUGUAGGUCACAGGGGGCUACGGUUGUUCAUAAAGUCUGUUCUGAUUCACUGA